AUGUUCCUCCAAACUCUCACAACGCUGUCCCUCAUCGCAUGCGCUGGCGCACAUUCCUGGGUAGAAGAGAUCAGGGUCAUCGCAUCCAAUGGAACAUUCACCGGGGAUCCAGGAUACCCUCGGGGGAAUUACCUUCGUACCGCUGCAGGAUUCAGCGAUCUAACAAUGACCUACUUGAUCCCUCCAAACACACAAGCAAAUGUGACAGUAGUCUACGACAGCACAAAGCUUUGCAAAGACACCCAACAGAACCAAACCCAAACAACCGGUAGCCCUCGACUAAAAGCCAAAGCAGGCGAUGCCCUCGCCCUCCGCUACCAAGAAAAUGGCCAUGUCACCUUGCCCUGGAACCAACCCGGCAAACCGGCAAACCGCGGCACUGUCUAUAUCUACGGAACAACGGAGCCCAAAGUCGGCGAAACACUCAACGAUGUCCACGGAGUGUGGAGCUGGAAUAACACCGGAGGCGAUGGGCGGGGAACACUUCUUUCUGUGCAGAAUUUCGACGACGGCCGCUGCUAUCAGAUCAAUACUGGCAAUAUCUCGGAAUAUCGCCAGGAGAAGUACCCCCAUCAGGCUAAUACGCUGAUGGGGGCUGAUCUGUGGUGUCAGCAGGAUAUGCAGUUGCCGACGACAGCGCCGACUGGGAAACUGUAUACCCUUUACUGGGUGUGGGAUUGGCCUACUCGUCCGAGUGUGGAUGAUGGGUAUCCGGAUGGAAAGAAGGAGAUUUAUACUACGUGUAUGGAUAUCGAUAUUGUGGGACAGGCGACAAGUGAUGUUCAGACAACGGAUGAUUAUAUCGAGGGGCAGAGUCUUGACAGUGCAGCCAUCACGUCGGAGUUUGAUGAUCUGACGAAUGAGUACGCCGUCCAGCUGUCUGGUACUACUGCAGUUGCGUCAUCUACGUCGACGGCUCAAAUUGAGCCUACAAGUUCCUCUACCGCCGUCUCAACCAUGCGGGUGACAAUGGAGCCUGCAAGCGCUACUGUUACUGUUACUGUCGGUAUGGUGACUGCCUGGCGCACUGUCACUAAGGUGGAGGUACGGACGGUGACUGUUGAUAGCUGCCAAACGACGGCUGCUUAA